AUGGAGGGCUCAAUCACCCCAACUCUGCCACCUCUCAUAACCCUGCCGCAACACUCAGUUAUCCAGGCCGUUGUCGACAUUGUUGGCAGCCCUGAAUGUCCCAGCCAAGCAUCUCAGCACGAAUACCUCGCUUGCCUCAACAGCUCCAUAAUUGUGGCUAUGAGUCGCCUGCCUCGCAGCACUUGGCGAGGCGAGGCGCUGGUCGCCUACAUCUCGUUCCUCAACAACGAGCCCCAGUUCGUUCUCAACGGCCAGCUGUAUGGCGGCACUAUCGCCAUUCGAAACUUGGUCGCCGGCGACGCCGUGCGCAAGCAGGCCCGCAACGGUACUCGGGCUCAGUUUGGACGCCGUGCAAUUAAAAAGCCCUACUACAGCGCGUCGUGCGGUCCACAGCCUCUCCGUCCCCGCUCUUCUGACCAGCUGCCCGCCGAUCCAGUUGCUCUACCCGCCGUUGACUCCGAACCAACCGCUGCAUCCUCCAGUGACGAUCUCCGCGAUGCGACGACUGCGGCCAUCGCCGCCGCCACUCGCCAUGAGUCCGGAGCUCUCCCAGUCGCCGCAGACCCCACUGGUCCGGCCCUUACAAACGAGCAUGAGGCUCAGCUCGUCGAGUCCCGUCCACCAUCCACUGGCCCCCACGGCCAUCUCAUCUCUGCUCCACCGGACCCUCCAGUUCUUCGCAAUGCCGACGAGCAGGUCGCACCGGACGUUCCUCUCGUUAAUCGAGCGACGUUUAGCGCUCCUCCCCAAGUCAAUUCGCCCCCCAAUGGCGAGAGCGCGUCUGGUUCGACCACCGCCGUCCCCAUUCGCAUGGAUUCGGCCUCGCCGGUCCCUGUCCCGAUCCGUGCUGCUGGCCCGGCGCCCUCCGAGUCUGCCUGCCUGAGACACAUCUAUCGUCAUUACCCCAUGGCCAACGCCGUUGUCGACCCCGUACCAACGGCCCCGACUGCCUCUCGCGCUAAAGCGCGUGGUCGGAACCCCUACCAAGACCUCGCGAGCGCCGCGGUCUCCGUCAAGACGCGAACUGCUCCAGAGGAUACUCGGGCAGCCAAACGUUCCCGCGUCGACUCUCCACACCGUGUCCAGACUCUUCUGAACCCAGUGCCGGCUCCGACUCCUGUCGUUGGUGUUGCAACACAGUCUGUGGUUGCCCCUUCUUCCGCGGCCCAACAGGCGGCUGUUCCAGCGCCCAACGUUCCUCCCUCCCAAGCCUCAGUGACGGCUCAACUCCGCACUCACAUCCGCCGGCUCGAAGCUCAGUCUCUUCAGAACCGCAUGGCUGCGGCACUGGCAGAUGCCCAGCUACGUGUCAUUAUGCUCGUUCGCCGUGUGUCGAGCCAGCAAGCCAACUUUCUCGAGGCUCUGAGUGCCCAGGGCGUCACCUACUCCAGCCUUCAACGAGACAUCAACUAUGCAAACUUGCACAUCGGCCUUGCUGACGCCUGCUCCCUCCAUAUCGAGCAGGAGCGUGGUCGCAUCCUUGAUCUUCUUAGUCAACUCCAUGGCGGACCGGUUGACGCAUCCAGCGGCGGCUACUUCAUUCCUCCUUCCUGGCGUCUUCCUGAGCCCGAAUAUCUUAUUCCGCUGCGCGACAAUGCCACGUAG